UACCACAGUGCAUGCGACCCCUACGUGUGGAGUUGAGAACUAGCGUUUGGUAUAUUGUUGUUUAUUAUCUACUGGAGAGUGAAUUAACAAUAUUUAACUUCGUUUGGUUUUUAAGUAAUAAAAUCAAUUUACUGUGAAAAAAUGACAGAUUCAGAACAUUCUCGGGAGGAUAUCAGAGUGGAUAUCACGUUGGUGGACAUCCUCGAUUACGUAGGCGAUAGUGUCCGCCCAGUUCGUGAGGGUUGUGCUGUAUUUGAUGCCGGACACGUCGUCUGUAUAGGAUAUACUGACAGAACAGACUACUCAGUAGCUUUUUGCGGCUAUGUUCUACAGUCGUCAAAUCCUGGCCUAAUCCCACACAAAACCAAUCUCACCAUAUCAACGAAUGUUUCGAAAUGGGUUUGCAUUUGUUCAUGCAAAGCAGGAACAUCCCGAUGUAAACACAUUAUCGCAUGUUUGUUAUCACUGAAUAGAUCAGGAAGUGCGUCGUAUUUGUCAUGCACCGACACAGUUCAGGCAUGGGGGAUCACAAAAAGUGAAAGAACAGUGCCUUGGGGUGCCAAACCGGUUGAUGACCUUUGCUGUGUAAACCAUCCUAAGAAAAUUAUCUGUACGGACAACACGUUGGAGCACAACAUCUUAGUGGAGUCAUUUAACCGCAUUUUAAUGGUGGCCAAAGAAUCUGCUAUCUAUAAACAUCGACUAGGCCGGAGCCUCAAUACACCUCCAAUCGAUCCGAAUCGAGCUGAGCAAUCGCGCGGUAAUGGAGAAGACUUCUGUACUAAAGACGACUUGCGGUCACUGCUGAACGGGUAUUUGGAUGUUGUGGUAGCUGAUGCUCCAUUUAAUACAACUGCAGAGAAGGAUUGGUACACAGAAAAUGUAGCGGUUGAUAUCGGGCGAAUCAUAGAAAUUGCAGAAGAAACUCAAGAACAGUCAACCAACUAUUGGAAGAUACAAAGAAAAAUACGUAUCACCGCUAGCUCUUGCUAUCAAUUGUAUACGUAUCUGUUCAAUAAAAAUCCUGACUGGGACAAAAAAAUAAGCCGUUAUUGGAGUGCUUCCAACAUAAAAACCGCUGCCAUCAAGUAUGGAAAGGAUAAUGAACCAAAGGCGUAUGCGUGUUAUAAGCGAAAACGUAACCCACUGGUCAAAAAGUGUGGGUUGGUUGUAAAAUCGGAUGAAAAUUGGUUUGCUGCAUCACCGGAUGGAGUUGACCCGUUGACGAACGUCAUUCUUGAGAUCAAAUGCCCGGUUUCAGGAGAAUCAGGAACUUUAGUCGACAUUGAGAAAAAUGAAGCUGUUAAAAAGUACUUGAGACGUUGCCCUAUAACAAACCAGUUGAAGUUGAAUAACAAUCAUGCAUACUAUUGUCAGGUUCAAUUAAACAUGUGGGCCCUAAACUGUAAAAACUGCGAUUUUGUGCUGUACUCUGUCUUGGAGGAUGAUUUUUUGUUGAUUGAAGUGGAUUUCGAUAAACUCUUCGUUGAGAAUGUAGUGAACGGAUUAAAAGGGCUAUAUUUUACGCUAAUGUUAAAAUUUUUGGUUCCUCAGGACACGGCUAAGAUUGGUAUUUAAGGUGUAUGAUUACUUAUGUAAAACAGCACAAAAGUGACCAAUAAAAGAAUAAAGUAUUUAAAAUAACACACACCAGUUUGGUUUAAUUCUACACAUUUUAAUUAACGAAAACUAUUUCGAUUUAUUCUUUAUUUGUAUAUACGACA